AACGCGCUCUGUCCCUGGCUCCCCCAUGCACGGGGCUAGGUGUGCGCGCAGCUCUCCCGGCGCUAGUUUGCGCGCGCUCUCUGUCGCAUAUGCAAAUCCACGCGCCCCCAGCCGGAGUUAGGAUGCUGCUGCCGCUUCUUCCUCCUCUGCAAGACCCAGCUCCCGCAGACUUGUUCUCAAGACUAUGAAAUGACCAGUCCUCUUCACCUAGCAGCAGCAGCCUGGGCACCUGACCUCCUCCGCGCAACCUUGAGCAGACCGGGGGGGAGAAAAGGGCUCCGCUCCUCACCUCUCCUCCUGUGCCUGGGUGCGGUGGCAAAGCCAGGGGGGCUGUGAAAGCAGCGCAGACUCGGGGCACGUUGGUGGCAGCCUUUGGGCUCCCCAGACUGGACGAGUGGCAGGAGAAGCAGCCACUUGAAGAAGGAAGGGGCUCUCGAAAAGCUGCUCCCCUCGCCUUCCCUUCCUCCCCCCCUUGCCCGAAGAAAGUGGCGUGCGGGGCUUGCUUCUUCCCGAGGACUGCUGCUGGUGGUGGUGUUUUUUUUUUCCUUUGCUUGCUUCUCUGACCAGCCAUGGGGAAAGGUCUGGAAAGCACGGCUGCCCGAUGCGGACUGGGACUGGGAUACUUACUGCAAACGUUCGUGUUGCCUGCCCUGGCUAUCCUGAGUGCCAGCAGCACGGGCUCCGCAGCGCAAGAUGAUGAUUUUUUUCAUGAACUCCCAGAAACCUUUCCAUCUGAUCCUCCAGAGCCUCUGCCUCAUUUCCUCAUUGAGCCUGAAGAAGCUUACAUCGUAAAGAACAAACCUGUGAACUUGUACUGCAAAGCCAGCCCUGCCACCCAGAUCUAUUUCAAGUGCAACAGUGAAUGGGUUCAUCAGAAGGACCAUGUGGUGGAUGAGCGAGUAGAUGAAACUUCUGGUUUGAUUGUUCGGGAAGUGAGCAUUGAGAUUUCCCGUCAGCAGGUGGAAGAACUCUUUGGACCUGAAGAUUACUGGUGCCAGUGUGUCGCUUGGAGCUCUGCCGGCACUACUAAGAGUCGAAAGGCCUAUGUUCGCAUUGCAUAUCUCCGAAAGACUUUUGAACAGGAGCCCUUGGGGAAAGAAGUGUCUUUGGAACAGGAAGUCCUGCUCCAGUGCCGUCCACCCGAAGGCAUCCCAGUAGCUGAGGUGGAGUGGUUGAAAAAUGAAGAGGUGAUUGAUCCUGUCGAAGAUCGGAAUUUUUACAUCACCAUUGAUCACAACCUGAUCAUCAAGCAGGCACGUCUUUCUGACACAGCCAAUUACACAUGUGUCGCCAAAAACAUCGUUGCCAAGAGGAAAAGCACUACUGCCACUGUAAUUGUCUAUGUCAAUGGCGGCUGGUCUACCUGGACUGAGUGGUCAGUGUGUAAUGGUCGCUGUGGAAGAGGCUAUCAGAAGCGCACAAGGACCUGCACCAACCCUGCCCCACUCAAUGGUGGUGCCUUUUGUGAGGGCCAAAGUGUCCAAAAAAUAACUUGCACCACCCUGUGUCCAGUGGAUGGUAGAUGGACAGCAUGGAGUAAGUGGUCUACCUGUGGAACAGAGUGUACCCAUUGGCGCAGGAGGGAAUGCACAGCGCCAGCACCGAAGAAUGGCGGGAAAGAUUGUGAGGGUCUCGUUCUGCAGUCCAAGAACUGCACAGAUGGGCUGUGUAUGCAGAGUUUCAUUUAUCCUAUUUCAACUGAACAGAGAACCCAGAAUGAAUAUGGAUUUUCUUCUGCUCCUGACUCAGAUGACGUAGCUCUCUACGUUGGCAUUGUGAUAGCUGUAAUCGUGUGCCUAGCUAUUUCAGUGAUUGUGGCACUGUUCGUGUAUCGGAAGAACCACCGUGACUUUGAGUCAGAUAUUAUAGACUCCUCGGCACUGAAUGGCGGAUUCCAACCUGUUAACAUCAAGGCUGCAAGACAAGAUCUCCUGGCAGUGCCACCAGACCUCACAUCUGCUGCAGCCAUGUACAGAGGUCCUGUCUACGCCUUGCAUGAUGUCUCUGAUAAAAUCCCAAUGACCAACUCUCCAAUCCUUGAUCCACUGCCCAACCUGAAGAUCAAGGUCUAUAGUACCUCGGGUGCAGUCACCCCACAGGACGACCUGUCCGACUUCUCAUCCAAGUUAUCCCCACAGAUAACUCAGUCUCUGCUGGAAAACGAGACCAUGAACAUGAAAAACCAGAGUCUUGCUCGACAAACAGACCCAUCAUGCACUGCUUUUGGCACCUUCAACUCCCUUGGAGGUCACCUAAUCAUUCCCAAUUCAGGCGUAAGUUUGCUGAUCCCUGCAGGGGCUGUUCCCCAGGGAAGAGUAUAUGAAAUGUAUUUGACAGUUCACAGGAAGGAGAACAUGAGGCCACCAGUGGAAGACAGUCAAACCCUUUUGACCCCCGUGGUGAGCUGUGGGCCUCCAGGAGCAUUGCUGACACGGCCUGUCAUUCUAACUAUGCACCAUUGCGCAGAGCCAAACACAGAGGACUGGAAGAUCCAGCUGAAGAACCAAGCAGCCCAGGGACAGUGGGAGGACGUGGUGAUGGUUGGAGAGGAGAACUUCACCACUCCAUGCUACAUCCAGCUAGACCCAGAAUCCUGCCAUAUCCUGACAGAAACACUUAGCACCUAUGCCCUGGUGGGACAGUCAACCACCAAAGCUGCAGCAAAACGUCUCAAGCUGGCCAUCUUCGGGCCGCUCUCCUGCUCAUCGCUGGAAUACAGCAUCCGAGUCUACUGCUUGGAUGACACUCAGGAUGCCCUUAAGGAAGUUCUACAGCUGGAGAGGCAGAUGGGAGGACAGUUACUGGAAGAACCAAAGGCUCUGCAUUUUAAGGGAAGCACCCAUAACCUCCGUCUGUCCAUUCAUGAUAUUGCCCAUUCUCUCUGGAAGAGCAAAUUGCUGGCUAAAUACCAGGAAAUUCCCUUUUACCACAUCUGGAGCGGGUGUCAGAGAAAUCUACAUUGUACCUUCACCCUGGAAAGGUUCAGCCUGAGCACGCUGGAGCUGGUUUGUAAACUCUGCGUACGGCAGGUCGAAGGAGAAGGACAGAUCUUCCAACUCAACUGUACGGUGUCAGAGGAACCUACUGGCAUUGAUUACCCUCUCAUGGAUUCAGCAAGUACCAUCACCACCGUAGUGGGACCGAGCGCUUUCAGUAUUCCCCUGCCCAUCAGACAGAAGCUCUGCAGCAGCCUUGAUGCCCCACAGACCAGGGGCCAUGACUGGAGGAUGUUGGCCCACAAACUGAAAUUGGACAGGUACCUAAAUUAUUUUGCUACAAAAUCGAGUCCUACUGGCGUGAUCCUAGAUCUUUGGGAAGCCCAGAAUUUUCCUGACGGCAACCUCAGCAUGUUGGCGGCAGUCCUCGAAGAAAUGGGAAGACACGAGACAGUUGUUUCUUUGGCGGCAGAAGGAAAAUAUUGAUGCAACCUUGGAAUGAAAAAGAAGGAAUGGAACUAGGGGAGUGGUAUUGCCCUGUGAGCUAUGAAUAAGAAACAAAAUGAAUACCCAGACCAAUGAGUUUCACAAAAGACAUUUCAGAGAAGAAAACAUCAGCCCUGACUUUCACAUAUGUUCUCCUUGUACAUUAUGACAGGAUCUAAAAGAAAUCAUGCAAAGUUGUACCUUGAAAAUAUAAAUCAACCUAACGUUCCCCUCAGCUUGGCUGUACACUGCUUGGUACAGGAUUUUACAGUUUCCUAGGAAACGCUUUUUAUUGCUAUCCAGAUGUAUGGAUAAACUUUCUUAACAAUCCCAGUUUCUAUGGACGUUGUUUACAUCAAAUACCGGACAGGGGUAAGGAGACUGUCCAGGGCUUUUUAUAUUUUUGUUUCAAGCCAUUCUAGACAAAGCUGUGGACAGUUGGUUGUGGCUAUUUCAGAUGAUCAAUUUCCAGUGAAAUUCAGACUUUGGCUACAAAUCCGUGCAUCAAGUGUCUCAAAAUAAUCCUCCCAUCAUUGUUCUGUUUCUUAGAUCUGGUUGUAAGACCAGUGUUUUGAAACGUAUGCAUCUGGAAAGCAGAUAAUCUGGGUGCUAAGCAGGAAUGCAUGUCUCUCUCCCUGCCUCCCCCAAGGGAAUUCCAUGGGUUCGUUGUGAAAAAUAGCUGUAGGAUUGUAGGGAAGAUAGGGAUUCAUUUUCAACUCACAAUAUAAUCCACUCCCUUCUUAAAGAAAGUAUGUGCGCGUGAGGGAGAUGCAAUUUGGAGUGUGGGUUGGGUGGCGGGAAAUAACCCUGAAAACAGAUUUUGCUAUAAUGAUUAUUUACUGAUAAGUAUCUAGUGCAAGGAUUAUUAUUAUUUUAUUUUAAUUUCUAAUUUUGUCAGCAAUAGCAUGUAUCAUUCAAGUGUCAGCAGAACCUGUUCUCUCCCUUCUGGAGCUGCAUGGGUUCUUCUAACACACUUCCCUUCAAAUGCCACUCUCCCUCCCCUUCUCCAGCCAUUGUGCUCACCCUCCAAGGCCUCGGGUUGCCAGCAGGGCAUGCUCACAUGGUUAGCAUACACUGGAUCAGCUCCUCCAUUGGUGUAAAUUGAAGUCAAUGAUUUAAACCAGCAGAGGAUCUAGUUCAAUGAGUUCCAACUACCACACCAUGUGAGCUACUGCAACACCCCCUAUUUACUAAUGAUCUGAGGAGCAAACAUCCAAUUGUUAUGCUGGAAACCGUGCUGUGAAUAAACCCUCCCAAACCAACCACCCAUAGUCCUUAAUUUUCAGAAGCACGUGUAGCAACAGUAUGCAGGUACUUCUCAUGAAUGCCUGAUGUGGAUAUUCAUGUGUGACAUCAGGCAAUGUGUGUGCAAAAAUAUGCAUGUGUACUCUGGAAAAUAAAGACCUUAGGCUCUGUUGUUUUUUUUUUUAAACAGGUCUUGAACAGCCACCACUGCCAUUUACUUUCCUUGGGAUUGUGGGUGCUCAGCCCCACUGAAAAUCAGUCCCUUCCAUUUUAAUCAAAGGUGUAUGAUAGUGGAGGACAGUUAUGGAACAGGGAGGCCGCUCCAUUUUAUUCUACGGGCAAAUUCUGGUGUGUGUGAUCCGUAUGGUGGAUCUUUACUGCUGCUCUGCCUCCAUGCAGGGAAGUGCCACUGGAGACCAUGAGAGUUCCACACAACAGGGCAGUGUAGAAUAACAGUGUUAAAUUCUGCUCUACAGCAGAGCUUUCGCCUCGCUAUUUCCACACCCUAUAAAUGUUCUUUGAAGUUGUCUCAGCAGUUACGGCUAGAACUCAUUUCCGCUGUGGUAGAAGGUGCUCAUUUGUUUUCAUCCCAUGUCCCUCUUGGCCAUUUUGAUGUGUGCAAACAGUUGAUGUGGGGAGUUAGGCAAGUAAAGCUAACUCUUGUUUUUCCGGUUGCCAUUUCUUUGCAGACUUGUUUUGCUUUGUGCUUAGUGGGAAGAGUGACUCUUUUGUAUGAUGUAGGCCAUAUCAUUUCAAUAUUUCUUCCUAACCUUUCCUUUCACUUCCAAUGCUAGGAAAGCAUUCUCACCCAUGCCAUCGAGCCAGCCCGUGAUUAUUUUAUUUAUUUAUUUUAUACUCUCACUUUGUAUUCUUCUAGGGGAUUUUUUUUUUCUCCUCAGGUUUUAAAGUCUGCAUUUUUAAAUGUAACUGUGGAAAUGUCAUUCGUCGAAAUGGAAGGCGAAUUUCGUCUGACCUUUUCCCCAUUUUGACAUUUCUGUAGGCUUUUUAGCUUCAGCUCAGCGUCACCAACAGUGUAUUUAUUAAACACGGGACAAUGUUCAUAAAACCAUUCCCUGGGUGGAGAGCAGUUUGCCAGCAACUCACAAGUGGUGAAACCCAGAUAUAGACUCAUAGGGUUGGUGUGCACAGGUUCGUACCUGCAGAAUCUGCCUGCGUUUUAGUGUGAAGUGAAGGACUCUCUCUGAUGCUCUUCAACCUGAUUGUCCUUUUCAUAUGCAGCCUUGUAAUCCUGUUGUUUUCGGGCCUAAUCUAAACCCCAUGGAAAUCAAUGGACGUCUUUCCAUAGACUUGAGCGGGUUUUGGUUCAGUCUCACCAUUUCCUCUAGUCUUCCCCACUACUCCCCUCUUGUCUCCAAUAUGCCUUCCCAACCUAAGCUCAUCUAUGGCCUUCUGACUCCUUCAUUUCUCCCUCUUUAGGGAAGCAGAGUCCCUGCCUUUCAGCAACAUUAACCAUUUUCCCACACUUUGUUCCUCCCCAAUGGUGUAAGAGGGGGGCUGAAAGAUGUGUCCCAAUUUUCCUCCCUUUCAGCUCCAAGCAGGUACGUCUUUCAUACUCCUCCUGCUGGGCUGCUCUUUCAGGACAGGCUGAUGCUGUUUUCUGUCUCUCAGAUCCUGCCUUCCACUCCUAGGAACAGCUUUUGUCGUAUAAAGCUCUAAGAUCCUUUGAACUCGCUACAGUAUGUUUUCACUCGGUAAGAAAACCUGCAGCCUUCUCACCCUAACCAUGCAAGGAAGUUUGAUAGUCACAGGCUAAACUGCCUUAAGCAUAAGCUUCGUGUUGGAGCGCUCUUUGCAAAAAAAAUCUGCAGCUGGGUGAUUUUGGGUAAGCAAUUCUGACAGCAGGACAACAUCAUUCUCAAUGUACAGUACUUCCCUCAUUUUGCCACUAAGGGAUUGGUCAGUAGAAAAAGCUUAGCCCAUAUUCGGACAGGGGUGGAGAGUGAGUGCCUAUCCAAACUAAUAUUGCCACUUGUUGAGAAAGGGGAGGUGCUCUUGACUCAGAACUAGGGUGACCAGACAGCAAGUGUGAAAAAUCGGGACAGGGGGUGGGGGGUAAUAGGAGCCUAUAUUAAAAAAAAGACCCAAAAAUCGGGACUGUCCCUAUAAAAUUGGGACAUCUGGUCACCCUACUCAGAACUGCAGUUGAUCCUAUUCUUAUUCCAGCCCAUCUGCUUGGGUGUCCAGUAACCUGAAAAGAUCUCAAGUAAUCCAGUGUAGGGACAAAGGUGCUCUCUACUUCCCUUCCCUUGCAGUAGGUUCACAGGGGUGGCAGGGUCUAAUGACACUGUGUAAGCUUUUGGUCUAGCCUAAAUGUUUCUGUUGAAUGGUCCAACGUAAAUUAACGCUCAAGAUUAGUGAUAGGUAACUGGUUGGACUUUGCAAUUGCACCUCCUUGGAUAACUGAUUCGGGAAUCUGGUGCCCCUCUGAGUUCCAUCCAAACCUUUAGCUCUCUCUCACUUUAGCUUCCACAUCAAUUCAAGUUUCCUUUGUUUUGGGGGUUUUUCUUCCCACCCCAAAAAAGGCCUAAGUGGUUCGUGGAUGGCAGAUACUUUUGCAGCUCAAAACCCAUCUUUCUAAAUUUCACUUGGGAGUGCUCCACAUUCAAUAUGCAUCCAUUCCAUUGAGGAAAUGGAGGGGGGAGGGGCGGUGUUUUGGGGAGAGGGAUUAAUUUUCAAAAUCCCUUGGAUAGGAGAAAAUAGAAGCAGUCCUUACCUCUGUAUGUUUGUACACACUGCCAUCUAGUGCUAUGGACCAUACUCUUUAUGGAAUACUGACACCAGCUUAAAACUACAAAAGAUUACCUUACAUAUUACCGGAGGGAAAUAAAUGUUGUGAGCCGGCUGUUUAGAAUGGCAAUUCAGUUGUGCAGACAGCACCAACUCUUAAGAACCGUCAUAACAUUUACAAUGGGGGAAUCAGCUUGUUUAAAAGAUGACUGCACGCUUCUUAUCCUCAACAUAUUUACUUUUUUUUUUUUUUAAAAAGCUUAAUAUUUUCAUUGCCCACCCCGUGAUUUUGAAUUCUUGCAAUUUUGCUGCUCAUUAUGCCACCUCCUCAUUACAUGUUGGUUGCUAAUGAUAUAAAUAAAAUAUAUAUGUUAUAUAUAAAUAUAUAAAAAAUAUCUACAGACUUUGAAGAAAAUCUUUAGUUUCUGAUUUAAAAUCACUAUUGGAUGGAGUUGUUUUAGCCUCAUUGCUUUGGGUUCUUUUGUGUUGUUUUCCUUGUAAAGGCAGCUGUCAGUGUACUUGAUAAGUCCUGAGUAAGUUUUACAUGCACACCAGCUGUAUCAUAUUGAACAGCGUGAGACCCGCUGAUUAUUAUUUUUAUGAAUCAUGUACAUUCUGAAGUGAUUGAGGUCUCUUCAGACAGGAUUUGAUUUUGUAGGAGAUGGUUAGUGACCAAGACUCCUUUUUGACAUCCACAGAAAUGUAAACAUUCACAGGACAUUUAGCUGUUUGGGAGGCACAUAGAGCAAAGAUAUUUCUGUCAACCUGAGUAUCUUGACAUUUCUGUUGCUCACCUAUAGAUGUAUUUACACAGAGUAAACGAAUUAUCAUUGAUAAGGUCCUAAUGGGAUGCUUGGCUUGCUACCCAAAAUAGGCUUGGGGUUUUUUUAACCUCUUAGACUUUGUUGUGUGUUUUAGUCGAGUAGUGACUACAGCACUUAGAUUAAUUUUAUACACGAUAAUACGGUUGAGUCUGUUUGAUCCUAAGUUCAGGGCACUUUGUAAACUACCUUACUGAGCAUUUGAAAAUCUUUUCAGGUAUUUUUCUAAUCUGGUGGCUGGCCCUGAAGUGACUAGUCACCCUCAGAGGACAGUCAGAAAAUAAGGAUGCAAGUGGUUUAGGAAUGAAAACAGCGCCUUUACACCUUCCCCUGUGAGGGACUCCAACCAGGUAUUCACUUCAGGGUCACCCUUAUUGCUAUUUCGAAUCUCUAUUUUGAGCAUUUAGUUUGCAAAGUUUUGUAAGGCACAUUGCAACUUUUUAAACACAUUUCAGUAUCAUGUUCCCCUCAAGGUGGGGCUUUCACAUGAAUGCAAAGUUGAGGGCGCGGUGGGGGGGGGAAAUGAUAUUUACAGUAAGCGCUGGAGGCCCUUGGCUAUGAUGUCAGAUAAGUGUGGUUGAAUAAGCGAUUCCUACUUCCUCACAGCCUAGCUGCUGCUUUGGAAAUGACUCUAGAGUGAAGUUACAAUCCCUUGGCUGCACACUCCAUUUCAUUCCAAUGAGAAAAAAAAUGGUGAUGUCCCAAAUUCAGCAUUUAGCAUCACUGCAAGCUCAGGUAAGCAGAGCUGUGGCAGGAGGGAGGUAAUGGUUUCAGUACUAAGAGGGUUGGUAACUGGCAAGACAAUGCAUGGAGAUGGACCCUCACUAAACCCCCACAACUGAAAACACUGUCUGGGGGCAUGAGCUCAUCUCUGGAUACAAACUCAUUCACUUACCCCCCAUUUAAGCUUGGUAUGUCUCAAAGUCCCCCCCUAACCCAACACAUGAAAGUCCUUCUUCAAGCAAUGCCUAUACAAAAAAAAUAUAGAUAAUUUCACUCAUCUCUAUAGGUGAAAGGGUAUUUAGCAUUUCUUAUGAUGUCAGUGAAAGUGUACAUUACAUUAGUGGGUUAGUCUUUGCUACUUUUUACAGAGAAAUUAAUUGUUAUGUGUGUAUUGUACUCUGGAUUUGACCUUCUGAUUGCAGGAGACUCAAUAGUUCUAGCAUCAAGCUAACUUCUGGGUUUUCUUUUAAAAAAAACAGAUGUUACAUGUUACAUCAUUCAAAGCAGGAUACCAAUUUCUGGUUGGCAUCCAGUGGCAGAACUGGCCUUAGUUGAGAACAGCUAGCUUUGUUUGCCAGAGCUUAGGUGGCCAUUUCCACCAAUCUGCAGUAAUGUGUAAACCAAGGAUCCUAAAAAGAAAUAAGCCUGCAAAAUAAACAAGACUAUAAAGAGUGAACUACACUGUGGGCUAGGGUGAUCAGAUGAGAGGAAGAAAAUAUCGGGACAUGUGGAGGGGGGUCCCCGGUGGAGCAAAAAAAAAAAA